ACGUUAGACGGACGGAUAGAUCACUCAGUAAUAAGGGAAUAGGACUCUGGCAAAACUCACCGGCACGCAACCGACGCUUCUUCCCCGCUAGGUCGGCUCGCCACCAUGUGUACGCUUGAGAAGCGCGGCGACCUCUUCUUCCUCACCCUGACAGGCGACGGUGAGCACCGCCUUGGCCCCGCCGUCAUCGACUCCAUCCUCUCCGCCCUCUCCGAGGCCGCCGCCCAGUCAACCCCCGGCUCCGUCCUCAUCACCACCUCCCAAGGCAAGUUCUUCUCCAACGGCUUCGAUCUCGCUUGGGCCCAGACCGCCGGAUCCCCCGCCGAGGCCCGGGAGCGCCUCCACGGCAUGGUCGCAUCCUUCCGCCCCGUCGUCGCUGCCCUCCUCUCCCUCCCCAUGCCCACCAUCGCCGCCGUCCAGGGCCACGCUGCGGCGUCCGGGUUGCUGCUUGCGCUGAGCCACGACUACAUACUUCUCCGGUCCGACCGAGGUCUACUCUACAUGCCCGAGUUGGACAUCGGGCUUCCCAUGCCUGAUUACUUCUCGGCAAUGGGCCGGGCCAAGAUCGCGUCGUCCUCAGCCAUGAGGGAUAUCUUCCUGCAGAGCGCGAAGCUCAAAGGCGAGGAGGCCGUCAGGAUGGGAGUGGCAUACUCGGCGCAUGAUGGCGAGGAGGCCCUGUCGGAGGCCAGCAUCCGCCUCGGGGAGCAGCUGGCGAAGAGGAAGUGGCAGGGCAAGGUUUAUGCGGAGAUCCGAAAGAGCCUCUACCCUGACGUCUGCUCUAUGCUGGGACUGCCUCACAAGGUUGCAACUCCGAAGCUAUAGAUUUUUCCGUGGUAUCAUGGUUUGGAGCCACUCUAUCCAUUGUUCGGGUUACGAUCAUAUUCGCAAAUGCUGGAAAUUUCGGGGACAAAUUUCUAUGUUAUAUCACUUGUGAAAUGCCAUGUUAAGUGUAUGUCAUUGACACUCUCCGUGUAGUUUUGGAAGCAAAAAUAAAAUAAGGAAGCAGCCUUCCUGUAGUGACACAAAAUGCCAACUUAGGACUAAGGAGAUGUGGGUUCAAUCCUUUCCGGGAGAAGUUAUGUCCUCCUUUAUUCGUAGUAGCUUUUAUUUUUGUAAUAGGUUUGUGGACCUCCUUAAGAUCAAAAAUAAAAUAAAACAAAUAAAAUAAGGAGGGUGGUUAAUUAUAAAGUUCGAAUUUUGCAAGUUAAAA